CAGAAUCCUUUAUUUUCCUGAAGGAUUCUCUUUGAAACGUAGUAUUUGUAUUUUAAAUAUUAUUUUUACUGGGAAAUUUAAUCUUUACUGGGCAAGACCACAGGUAUUUAUUAGUGAUAAGUUAGAAAUCAUGAUGAAAAUGAAAUAAAAAUGACUUUAUAGUUGUACUCCGGUUAAAACAUGGUUCAGUCCUUCAAUGCGUGUAUUGCUAUAUACAAAACAUUUAGGCUGGGCCGCUAUGUUUUUGAACUUUGUCACUUGCUUUUCUCGUUUAUGUUUGCAAUCAUGGUUGAUGAUUACAUUGAUAAGCAUAAGGUCUCAAGCGAAGGGGGUCUACCUGGGUAUUUUCCUUGACCCUAAGCACGCUUAUAAAAUAACUUUGUUUGUAAUCGAUAGUGGACAGCGGGUAAGUUUGGAAAAUGAGAAAACUUUAGAAACUGUUCCUUUGGAGAGGAAAAAGAGAGAAAAGGAACAAUUCCGUAAACUCUUUAUUGGUGGCUUGAGCUUUGAAACUACAGAAGAAAGUUUGAGGAACUACUACGAGCAAUGGGGAAAACUUACAGAUUGUGUGGUAAUGAGGGAUCCUGCAAGCAAAAGAUCAAGAGGAUUUGGUUUUGUAACUUUUUCAUCCAUGGCUGAGGUUGAUGCUGCCAUGGCUGCAAGACCUCAUUCAAUUGAUGGGAGAGUGGUUGAGCCAAAACGUGCUGUUGCAAGAGAGGAAUCUGGAAAGCCAGGGGCUCAUGUAACUGUGAAGAAGCUGUUUGUAGGUGGAAUUAAAGAAGAUACUGAGGAACAUCAUCUUAGAGAUUACUUUGAGGAAUAUGGAAAAAUUGAUACCAUUGAGAUAAUUACCGAUAGGCAGUCUGGAAAGAAAAGAGGCUUUGGGUUUGUUACUUUUGAUGACCAUGAUCCUGUGGAUAAGAUUGUGUUGCAGAAAUACCAUACUAUCAAUGGUCAUAAUGCAGAAGUAAGGAAGGCUUUAUCUAGACAAGAAAUGCAGGAAGUCCAAAGUUCUAGAAGUGGAAGAGGAGGCAACUUCGGUUUUGGAGAUUCUCGCGGUGGUGGUGGAAAUUUUGGACCAGGACCAGGAAGUAACUUCAGAGGAGGAUCUGAUGGAUAUGGAAGUGGUCGUGGAUUUGGGGAUGGCUAUAAUGGGUAUGGAGGAGGACCUGGAGGUGGCAAUUUUGGAGGUAGCCCUGGUUAUGGAGGAGGAAGAGGAGGAUAUGGUGGUGGAGGACCUGGAUAUGGCAACCAGGGUGGGGGCUACGGAGGUGGUUAUGACAACUAUGGAGGAGGAAAUUAUGGAAGUGGAAAUUAUAAUGAUUUUGGAAAUUAUAACCAGCAACCUUCUAACUACGGUCCAAUGAAGAGUGGAAACUUUGGUGGUAGCAGAAACAUGGGAGGACCAUAUGGUGGAGGAAACUAUGGUCCAGGAGGCAGUGGAGGAAGUGGGGGUUAUGGAGGGAGAAGCCGAUAUUGAGCUUCUUCCUAUUUACCAUGGGCUUCACUGUAUAAAUAGGAGAGGAUGAGAGCCCAGAGGUAACAGAACAGCUUCAGGUUAUCGAAAUAACAAUGUUAAGGAAACUCUUAUCUCAGUCAUGCAUAAAUAUGCAGUGAUAUGGCAGAAGACACCAGAGCAGAUGCAGAGAGCCAUUUUGUGAAUGGAUUGGAUUAUUUAAUAACAUUACCUUACUGUGGAGGAAGGAUUGUAAAAAAAAAAAAAUGCCUUUGAGACAGUUUCUUAGCUUUUUAAUUGUUGUUUCUUUCUAGUGGUCUUUGUAAGAGUGUAGAAGCAUUCCUUCUUUGAUAAUGUUAAAUUUGUAAGUUUCAGGUGACAUGUGAAACCUUUUUUAAGAUUUUUCUCAAAGUUUUGAAAAGCUAUUAGCCAGGAUCAUGGUGUAAUAAGACAUAACGUUUUUCCUUUAAAAAAAAUUUAAGUGCGUGUGUAGAGUUAAGAAGCUGUUGUACAUUUAUGAUUUAAUAAAAUAAUUCUAAAGGAAA